AUGGAUAGCGAGAGCCCAGUUCUUAAGAAAGAGGCAUCGCCUCUCCAGGACAAAUCCGAUAAUCUCACUAGCACGGAUGAAAUCAGCAGUCCAGCUUCAGAAUCCACUGCUUCAAAUCUCCAAGAUGAAUCCGACGAUUCGUCGGUACCUAUCUGGGUGCUGAGGGCUUUGGCUGCUGGAAGGACUCCGUUGCCCUGUUCUAGGCCACCGAUCAAGACACACGGAAUGCAUAUCGCCGACUCUGGCAGAACAAUCCGUGAAUCAUCAUAUGACUCCCAAGAAACCGAAGUUGAACAACCCCCCGCGCAAGAACAGAAGCAGACCGCGAAAGGCAAAGACGCACGCGCGUUCGUGACAAUAGCACCCAUUAUUCAUCACAGAAUUCAGAGAAAGAAGUGGAAGCCAGAUGAGAUUGAAAGUCUUAUUAGAAUGAGAGAGGACAAGAUGAGCUGGGUGUUGAUUGCGAAGGCAUUUUCCAACAGAACCACUGCGAGCGUUCGCCAGACUUUUUUCAAGUACAGAGCCCAGUCUCAUGGGAUGGAAUCGGGCGAGAAUUGA